GCGGCGGGCCGCGGGGCAGAGCGGCGGGCGGCGGCGGCUCCCGAUGCCGCGGGGCAGGGCGGCCGCCUCCGCGGGGAGCCGCGAUGAUCCCCUACUUUUCCGACAACGCCGUGAUCUCCCAGGGCGCCAUCGCUCAGCUCAUAAGCGAAAGCUUCCUCACUGUGAAAGGUGCAGCGCUCUUCCUGCCACGAGGAAAUGGGUCGUCUACUCCCAGGAUCAGUCACAGGCGUAACAAGCAUGCAGGGGAUCUCCAGCAACACCUGCAGGCCAUGUUCAUACUGCUCCGCCCAGAAGACAACAUCAGACUGGCUGUAAGACUGGAAAGUACCUACCAGAACCGCACUAGGUACAUGGUGGUAGUGUCCACCAACGGCAGGCAAGACACCGAAGAGAGCAUUGUCCUAGGAAUGGAUUUCUCUUCCAAUGACAGUAGCACUUGUACAAUGGGCUUGGUGCUGCCGCUGUGGAGUGACACCUUGAUCCACCUGGACGGGGAUGGAGGGUUCAGCGUAUCAACAGAUAACAGGGUUCAUAUAUUCAAGCCAGUGUCUGUACAGGCAAUGUGGUCUGCUCUGCAGAGUUUACAUAAGGCUUGUGAGGUGGCACGGAGCAACAAUUACUACCCAGGGAGCCUCUUCCUCACGUGGGUCAGUUACUAUGAGAGCCAUAUCAACUCCGACCAGUCAUCAGUCAAUGAGUGGAAUGCCAUGCAAGAUGUCCAGUCCCACCGGCCCGACUCGCCUGCCCUCUUCACAGAUGUCCCAACUGAGCGGGAACGCACAGAACGGCUAAUUAAGACCAAGUUAAGGGAGAUCAUGAUGCAGAAGGAUUUGGAGAACAUCACGUCAAAAGAGAUACGCACCGAGCUGGAGAUGCAGAUGGUGUGUAACCUGCGGGAGUUCAAAGAGUUCAUUGACAAUGAAAUGAUAGUGAUCCUUGGGCAGAUGGACAGCCCCACGCAGAUAUUUGAUCAUGUCUUUUUGGGCUCGGAAUGGAAUGCCUCCAAUUUGGAAGACUUGCAGAACAGAGGGGUGCGGUAUAUUUUGAAUGUGACUCGAGAAAUAGAUAACUUCUUCCCUGGGCUCUUCGAAUACCAUAAUAUUCGGGUAUACGAUGAAGAAGCAACAGAUCUUCUGGCUUAUUGGAAUGACACCUACAAAUUCAUCUCCAAGGCAAAGAAAAAUGGUUCUAAGUGCCUGGUGCACUGCAAGAUGGGAGUGAGCCGCUCGGCGUCCACGGUGAUUGCCUACGCCAUGAAGGAGUAUGGCUGGAACCUGGACAGGGCUUACGACUAUGUGAAGGAACGGCGCACCGUCACCAAGCCCAACCCCAGCUUUAUGCGGCAGCUGGAGGAAUACCAAGGGAUCCUGCUGGCCAGCAAACAGCGGCAUAAUAAACUGUGGCGCUCGCACUCAGACAGUGACCUCUCGGACCAUCAUGAGCCCAUCUGCAAAACUGGGCUGGAGCUGAACAAAAAGGAGAUCACCACCUCGGCCGACCAGAUCUCAGAGGCGAAGACCAACGACAACCAGCAGCCGAUGUCUCCUAUCUACUCAGCUGAGCUAGACAGGGAGCAGCAGCUCCCAGAGGAUGCGAACAUGAUCGAGGAGGAGAUGUGUGUGAAGGAGAGAAGGAUCCACCUAGAGUUUACGUGUCGAGACUUCCACGCCGAGCAGAUGGAGGACAAGCUGAACCUGAACAAUAUCAAUGGCUGUACGGCAGGUUGUUGUGUAGACUCUGUGCCCCCUGAUAACUGCCAUGCUUCUGAGGCCUUAAUGCAGCUCCAGCACCCCUUGGAAAUAACAGAGUUUCCCGAUUUGACAGUGGACGAUCUAGAAAAAGAUGCCCUUAAGCUUGAUAUGAACGUGCACUUGGUUCCCAUGGAAGAAUUCACUUCAUGCUUAAAAGACUUUCCCCAAUCCCCAAAUCAAAAUUCCCAGAGUCUCCAACAGAAUCCCCAGCCUGAAGUGACUGACCUCAGUACAGACAGGAUUGAUUUCUUCAGUGCUUUGGAGAAAUUCGUGGAGCUUUCCCAGGAGAGCCGGUCGCGCACCUGCUCCCAUUCCAGGACGGAAGAGCAAGGGAGUGGAAGGAACGGGGUCUCCAGGGUGCCCGUGCUGGAAGUGCCGCCUGCUGCAGAUGGGGGUGCAGAUGCUCAAAGGAACAGCUCUGGAAACUCUCCUCAGGCAUCGGAUGACUCUUCCACAGAUGAAGAGCAACAAAAGGAGGUCCCCGAGCUGCCUAGCACAGGCCAUCUCACGAGAUCCCACUCGGAAAAUGCCAUUUCUGUGAAGGAAAUUAUCACAGAGAUUGAGUCAAUCAACCAGGGAGUAGGAGCUGCCCAGCAGAAAGAGGGUUCAGCCAACCUCACCCAGACGCCAAAGAGGAACACGGUGCACGACCUGCCAGUGGAGGCAAUUUGGGCAUCAGAAAGGGUGGAACAGAGCGAAGGAGCCUGUGGGCACCAGGAAAAGGAGAAGGACCCUCUGCAAGCUGAGCAAGAAGCUGCCCCCUCCUUGCAGCUGUCUUCUGGUAAAUCAGACCUGGAGGAAAGUAGCCCUGGGGGCGAGCAGCAAGAGCCUCAUGGCUCCAUCAAUCCUGAGCCCAAGUGGUGCCCUGGUUCCGUCCGGCGAGCCACCCUGGAGUUCGAGGAGCGCUUGAGACAGGAGCAGGAGCACCAGCACGCAUCCCCGGUCUGCAUCUUACCGACCCGCAAGAACUCCAGGAACGAUUCUCCUGCUGCCGAGCUCCUGCCGCGGGGGAAAAGCGAGGAGCCGCCCCUGGAGCUGGCUCCGGAGGGUGACAAGGCACGGGGUCCAGGUGCUGAGGAGCUGCCGCUGCCUCCUGGGGCAGAGCUGCCUGCAGGCAGACACUUGCCUGCACCCCUCGCCUCCCCUGCGCAGGAGUCCGUGCCUGCAGAGCCCAGCCCGGGGCAGGAGGGAACGGCACAAGAACGCAGGACGCUGGUCUCAUAUGAUGGGACGGAGGAGCCACCCCUGCCCUCUGUCGUCCCAAAAAGAAUUGAAAUGGUCGAAUACGCUGCCACGGUCAAGUCUGCAGAGCGCCCCGACGCAAGCUGCGAGCAGGGCAGGCUGCCUGCGGCCGUCCCGUCUUUAGAUGAAAACUUGAACCCUUCGUUGUGCUCCGAGAAGGCACCGACCUGUCUCAGAGCUCUGACACUGGUAAAUCUCUCACUGCCGGAGCACGCGGUACACAAGCAGGCUACCUUCACUGUGGGCAGCCCCACCGAGGAAGGUGGUGGGUUAUCUGUUCACCUCAGUGCUGCUUCUCCCUCUGCCCAGGUGACCUCCACGCCUUCGGCCAGCCUUGAACGCUCUUCUUACCCCUGUGUAAUUCACCUGGAAGGCGUCACUGAGCAGAGCACAGGUACAGACGAUGAGCCGGUCACGUCGUGUGGCAUUGAGGGAGAUGCGACUCUCCCAUUCAGGGACAGUCCCAAGCCUCUCUGCAGGGGGGGUGCCGGCACCUCGAGGCAGCUGAGCGGCGAGGACUUCACUAGCCAACGCGCUGAAAACGUGGACCUUCUGGACAUCUCUUUCCUGUGUUACGGCCUCCCCCACAGCUCCAGCAGCCACAGCGUGGAGGAGCGCAGCAACAGCCCCGGGCUGGUCAAGCAGCGAGCGAAGGAAAUAGAGGCUCGGAUCCGGCACGCGGGGCUCACCACGCCCUCCCACAUGAAACGCUCGGCAUCCUUGGCCAAACUGGACUGCCUGGACCUCUCCAAGGACGACUUAUCCGAGAGGCAGUCGGCCUCUUCUGAUGCCAACCCGGUGCUUCUCACCUGCGUUGCCCUCGGUCGAGGCCUUCGCAGGGGGAGUUUGGAGAGGGGCUCGGAAAGCGCGUGCGGAAAGCAUCACCUUUCCUCCCCUGAGCCCGCUAAGCAUUUUGUGGAACAGCUCAGAACAGCCGAGUGCAUUGCCCAGAGCAAGCCAGUGGAGAGGCCGCUAGCUCAGUACGCCAAAGAGUGCGGCUCCAGCCAGCAGAAUUUGUUUUCCAGCGCAGAUCCAACGUGGACUAGCUCCGAGGAGGGUCCUCCGCUGCUCCAGGUGCAGGUCCUGGACUCCUUGUCUCCAGCUCAAGGUCUGGCUGUCGCACCUCGGCAGCAGCACGGGAGAACUCACCCUCUGAGGAGGCUCAAAAAGACCAAUGAUAAAAAGCGGACAACCAAUCCCCUCUACAAUACUAUGUGAUCCUGAGCCCUCGGCUGUGAUUUCUUACCGAGAACCCGUGGUGUUGCGUUCACGCAAGGGGCAGGUGUAAUAUAAGGAACAUGCACUUUAUUGGUUAAUUUUAUAUAUAUUGUCAUUUUACUGUUCCUGGCGCAUGUAGGUGUGGGUUGGUUCUUCUGUGUGUGACUCUGACUGCAGGACUGUUUGGGUUUUUUUAAGUUUUUUAACUCAGAUAACCUCAAAUGUUCUUUUUUUUUUUUUUUUUUUUUUUUUUUGUUAGUUUGUUUUAAAAGAACACCUUUAUCCUGCAAAAAUUGAUGUUGGCUUGCUUUGGCAAGGUGGAGUUUUUCUUAGAACCAGAUCCUAGUUCCUAACUUGAAUUUUCCCCAUGCCUUGAAAUGGUGCUGGGCAGUUGUUGGGGUGAGAGCCCCCAUAAAUGUGAAGGCUGUGCCAAGGUCCCCUUUGUUUGGCCUUUCUUUUCUGCAAACUGGAACUCCACAAUGCUGGCAGAUCACUCACAAAGCUGCUUCAGGACAAACUCCCGAGGCUCGGUUCAGCUGGUGCAUCCCCAAAAGGAGCACACAGGGGUAAAUAUUCCCGACGGACGGGCUCUGAAAACCCCGGGCACCCUGGCACCGAGAUCAGUGCUCACCUCCUGCUGGGGGUCAUGCAGAGCCCCCCAUUUUGUGGUGAGGUGGAGCAGAGUUCCUCCACGAGCUGCCAAGCUCACCUCUCCUCGGCUGCCCCAGACCAGCGGGUGAGAGGAGGAGAGCCCCCAAAGCCAGAGUGUUCUUUUAAAACAAACGUCUCGUUAGGGUUUUAACCCUCCCAUUACUUGAAUACUGCUGUGGGCCUAUCCAAGUUCAUGGCCAUAUCAUCUGUCCUCUACCCUCCUGCUGCCUCCCCUCCACCCGAAAAGCUGUUCUUGUCUCGUGCUGCCUGAGUUUUCCUCUCCCCUCUGCCGUGCUCACAGGCACUUCUGGUCGCUCCCAAACCUAGAGGCUGUGUUAAUUCUUACACGACGUAUUGCCCCUACUGAAUGCAAAGCUUUGUCCUCACUGCUGUCACUCCUAACACUCGGCCUGGAGGGAAGAUCUUUUCUGGAAGUUUUUUCCUUUUCUCUUUUUUUUUUUUUCCUAAAUUGUAUAUAUGGUAUUUAUAUAGAUUUUUUUUUUUUCCUUGUUCCUACUUUUUUUUUUUUUUAAAAAAAGGGCAAGACUGCAUUCUGUAAACUGGAAAACAAAACCACCUUACUCAAACUCAGUGCUGUUCAUUGUAAUCUGCACAGAAAUGGGAGUGGAUUUGACAUCGUAAGCUGUCUUCCCUUUCCAAAAGUGAGCCUCGAUGCCAGCCUUUGCCAAAUGUGUCCCUUCUCCUCCAGUCCUGCGUGAAACCCCUGUUACCCCACUGUGGGAGGAGGACUGCCUAUCUGCCCGUUUCCUUCCCGCUUGAAGCUGGAUUUCAGAAGUGCCAGUCAGACGUGGAAAGCCGUCAGCCGCUCUGAGCCAUUCUGCGGGUUCUUACUUCCCCAGAGAACCUGCAUUUGAAGGGUCUGCUCUAAAUUUCAGCAAAUUAUUUUCUGGUUCCCGAGCAGUUCGGCUAAAUCAAAGCUCCUCGUUUCCAGCCGUGCGUAUCAGCAAAUUGUAUGUGUGCUGUAGGAGUGGAGAGAAAGGCACUUGGCCGUGGCAGGAGAGCUCUGGGUCCUGUCUGCAGUCCCGUGGCAGAAGAGCACGUCUGAGCUGGUGCUUGGCUCUGGCCCAGACCUGCUCUCUGGGGAGGAGCGAAGCAGAGAGAAGAUGCAGAAUGGCUCCAGCUGCUGAAAGCCCAGCGUGGAGAGGACACAGGACACGGGGUGGGAGGAGCAGUAGACAAGGCCAUGCUUAGAAAGCAGCACUGAUGCUGCGGAGCCUUGCAGGCUCCAAUGGGACAAGCUCAUCUUGAGCCGGAGAGGAGCGCACAGCACCGGAGCGCUGUGGAGUAUUGGGAAGCAGCGGGCGUCUGCCCUGGGGAAAGCGUGUCCGUAACCCCCCAGUUUGCCCGCAGCCAGCAGCAGAGGUUAGCCUAGCAGUUUGCAAGGUAACGCCAGCCUGGGGAGGAAUCCUGCCUCGCUGUCCUCCUAUAGAUCCCAGGGAUCUUCCCACGCUGCCUUGCAGAGCCCGUACUUGCAGCUUGCGUGCCCGCAGCCCGGGCAUGGGGCCGUCAGCGUGUCUGUCCUUCUCCAGCAGCAACGUGCGCUUCGUCCCUCCCUUUCCGAGGAGCUUGAGCUCUGCUAGAGGGGGGUUGUCACCCGUGCUAGCUGCACGCUGGAGCGCAGCCCGAAGUAGCCCAGCAGGGCCCUGUCUUGGGUCAAAUAGCACAUCAUCCCGGGCCAUUUCAGUCACUAGAAGUCACGCAAGUCCCUGGCCCAGGAGGCCAGAUACUUCUUUGGGACGCUGAAAGACAUGUGGCUUCUCCUAGCCCGCUCCAGCUGGCUUCGGAGCUGAGCAGGCAGUGUAGAAAGGCCAAGUGGCUAAUGUCAUCUUGUGAAGGGCAAUUUCAGUCCUUGCCUCCCUCACAAACCUCACCAGCCCCUGCUGCCUACCGUUCCUGACCCCAAGGACAUAUCUGCCUGCCCCUCGGCGGGCAGAAGGGAUGGGGGGCCACCAAGCCUGCCCUGUGGUGGAGGGAGCGUGCUUGGCUGGCAGCGUGUCCUCGUGACAAGGAUCUGCCUGGGAGGGGAAAGCCCCGUGUAUAAUUUGUUCCCUCGAGAAAGAGAGGAGGAGCAGGACGGGGAUUGGGUUUCUUUGCCCAGCUUUCAUCUCAGGAGAAAUGCCCUGUAGGAAGGCUCUUCCAUGCAGACCAGAAUUGCUGCUUCCUUCCAAUACUCUGCUGCUGUCUGGGUGCUUCAGCUGGAGAGAGCGGCAAAGGGGCAAAGGCCCUCGCAGGGAGGUGCUUCGCUGUCCCCUUGUCCUCGGCUCCAGCCCAGCGCAACUGUGGUUUUUCUCUGGGAAGCAUGUGGACAGAUGGAGGGAGUCUGGUUUUCUUACAGAGUUAUGAAGGCCUUGGAGGUCUGGAGGCUCUGACCUGGGUGGCAGAAAGGGGAACGGGCUGGAGGGGCAUGUCGCGUGCAGCUCUCUGGGGGUCCUGGGUCCUCCCCGGCCAGUGUCUGGGCAACGAAGCCACCAAACCCCUGGCAUCGGAGGUCUCUGCCUGGAGGCGGUUGUCCCUUCUCCAUGCUGGUGACUCGUGGGUGGGUGGUGGCUCGCUCCUGGUCCCCGUGGCCACCCCACGAGAGCUUCUUGUGACCCGCUGAGCACCCCGGGGAGCAGCAUCUUCCCCGGACGGGAAGGAGCGGCACCUCCAGAGCGCAUGGCAGCUGACAAGCCUUGCUGAUAGCGGGGGGGGGGGUUAGGCGAAACCUAUUGUUUUAAGGGCAUUUUUGUACAAAGCAACUGUUCUUUUGGUCUCUUGCAAAGCCCUCUUGGAGGACGCUUUAUUGUUUACAUUGACUCCUGUACAAUAUCUCAGCCAUCACCUCCCCCCUUGCCCGCCCCAUCUCCGGCUGUACUGUAAUGUGUGAGCCUUGCACAAACGGAUAGCGUGUGCGUGAAACUGGUUUUUACACUGCGUUCUGUUGCACUCGAUGGUGUGUGUGCGUGUGUGCGUGUGUCCGGUCUGCUUGAGAAGUUGUGACAUGUACAAAUCUCUCCCCUUUCGGCCCUUUCUUGGGGGUACGGUCCCAGCGGGUGGCAGGGGGGUCAGGAGGUGACGCCGUUUAUGGCUCACUUGGGCGUCAAAGGGGACAGGGAUUAGCUCCCUGCCCCUCUACCAGCAAAGGCCUGGUGGAAGGUAACCCACCCCAGCUCCGGCUGCUGCCGGGGUCCUCCUGGGAGGACCGAGCCGCUGGGAAUCGGCGUGGGCACCGGGGCGCUGCAUCUGCCCGGGGGCUCAGAGAGCCCCGCAGCUCUCCCAGCCCGGUGGCAGGAGGAAGCCAUACCCACCACAGGUCCCCUGCUCCCGUCACGGUGUGUCCUGCCUUAAUCUGGUCCUAGCUCCACGCAAACCCCCACGCUUCUCCCUAAGGGAGGGACCCCCCGAGCCCUUGCUGGUGUGGGGCAGAGGCAGGCGCUGGCCUGGCGCAGGAGGGGUCCGGGCUGGGCAGAGGGCUCUCGGUUGCCCUCCGGUAGCGUUGCCAGAGGUGCUAACAGCCCGCCCGUGCUGUAGACAUCUCUGUUGGCACAAAAGCAGGUGCCGGUGCCUUUUCUUUUCCUUUAUGGAGAUGUGAUGUCCGUGCACUGGUUUGUAGGGAUCGCUCCGGGGUCGGGCAGUCCAGCCACACCGUGUGCUGGAGCACGAGCCCUCGGGGGCGGCUGGUGGUGGAGUUGCAAACCGGGGAGGGGAGCGCUUCUGUCCGCCCCUCCUGGAUCUUCCUUGGUGGCUGGGAUCGUCCCCUUUCCCCCUAAAGACUUUAUGAACCGAUGUGCUCAGCUGUUUUUAAAUGUGAACUUGUGCACUGAUGUGCAGAUUCAAUGUUCUUGUUACCGAAUGAAUAAAGUUUUAUUUUGAAGAUGA